AUGGCCACUACUAUUUCUGUCCAAUUGGACGACGAAAGAGAGACAAUUUUCGACAAAGGAACGACUUUCUGGAAAAACUAUCUCAGGGGCCGACCAUCGCCGCCAGAUUCAUUCUUCGAGCGAAUAUUCCGUUACCACCAGGAACAUCAUGGCCAUUUUGGUACAGUGCACGAUGUUGGUGCUGGGAAUGGCCCUUAUGCGAACAAGUUGAAGUCUAAAUUUGGUCAUGUUAUCAUUUCCGAUAUUGCUGCUCAUAAUGUCGAACUUGCGCGGGAUAGACUUGGUACUGAUGGAUUUACAUAUCGUACUGCACGUGUUGAAGAAGGGGACGAUAUAUCCAACAACAGCGUUGACAUGGUCUUUGCUACAAACGUGAUGCAUUUCUGCGAUCAAAAAUUGGCCAUGGUAACUAUCGCCAGACAAUUAAAAUCGGGCGGGACAUUUUGCUGCGCGGGUUUCGGGCCUGCCCGUUUUCAGGAUUCCCGUGUGGACAACAUAUAUACACGCAUUCAUCAGUGUGGUGGGCGUGCGUUAUUGGCAAAGGCUGAUAACCGUGAGAAUAUGAUAUCCUUCAUGGCGCGAACGCAGGGUGUAUACAAUGUCGCACCACUGGACGAACAGUUUUUUCUACCCGGCGCCCAUCGGAUUCAUCUCAAUAUGGAGAUAGGAGGGUUAACAGGACCUUUGCCACCUGAAAUCGAUACACACGAGCCAGUCUAUAGAGGGGUGGAGGAUCUUGACGUUUAUGUAAUGGAAGAAGGAUGGAGUUUCAUUGCAGACUUGGAAGCCAUUAAAGACCAUGUCUUAUCCUUUCCAUUUGCCCAGGAGGAUCCCACGGGCUUCGCUGAGCUUUGGCAAGAAAUGGAGGAUGCUGUUAAGAAUGGACAGACAGACUGGGAUCGCCUAAAGAAGUGCGUCGCUCCCUCAUUAAAGGUCGAUUACAGUUCAUUUUUGGACAAAAUAUGGGAAGCUAUGCCUGGCGAUGAAUUCGUCAUGGUGGCCUCUAACCCACAAUUCCUCGGGAACCCUCUUCUUAAAACGCAGCAUUUUAUCGGUCUUAGCAAGUGGCAAAAGAUCGGCGAUGAUGAGAUUGCGGGAACAUAUCAGCUACGAGUGGCGCAUCAAAGGUACACCGACAGCAACAUGAAGGAGAUUGCAGUCAAGGGCCAUGCCCAUGGAACUGGCACAAUGACUUACAAAUAUAUCGAGGGUGAGUGGAAAUUCGCCGGAGUUUGUCUAAAUCCUCGAUGGUUUGAGUAUGACUAUCAUUUAGUGUUUGUAGAAGUAGAGAUCAUUAUGAAAAAGAGGCAAAUGGAACCUAAAUCCGGACCAUGCAAGAAUAUGAAAAAGUCACAACACCCUUAUUUGUGUUCGGCUCAUUAUUCAACUCGCCGCAUUUCUGAUUAA